AUGAACUUGACGCAGAACGCUGAGAAAGUAGCCUUGCUUCACCAACAAGGUUCUCAACAAGCAGAGUUGUUGAGAGAACAAGGUGCUCAACAGUUUGAACUGUUGAGACAGCAGCAAGCUGCUGCUGGCGGGUCGAUGCACUCGCGUCGGCCCGAGACUUUGAAGAUUGACAUCUCAAAGGCGCGUCGCAUCGACGACGGGGAUAUGCAAGUUGCAUUUGCCCAGUCAAAUCUGGCAGGACGUGCCAAGACUUGGGCACUGGGGCUCAAGCUGCACGACCCAUAUGCGUUUGGGUCGUUGGAAGUCUUCAAGUCGCGGCUCAGACAAACGUUUGAACCGCCUAGAGCUGAGUUCAGAGCUCGAACCGAACUCUUGAAGCUCAAGCAGGGUAAGCGUGAUGUGCACGCUUACGCUCAACAUAUACGACAUCUCACGAGUUGUAUAAGUUCCAAUCCGGUGGAUGAACACACGUUGGUUUCGGUGUUCAUGCAGGGUCUUGCGGAUGGUCCCGUCAAGACUCACCUGUUCCGGCUUGAACUAGAUUCACUAGAACAAGCCAUUUCAAUUGCGGAGCAGGAAGACUUCAGUCUGAGACAGGCUCGCGCCAGCUCGACAUCAUAUCGUCAACCGAGACGAUAUGACAACGGAGGUCCAGAGCCGAUGGAACUCUGUUAUGUAGAGAGCGAGAAGGCUCGCUCUACAGGCUACAAGAAGUUGCAGAGAUGCAACAGAUGUCAAAAGACAGGACACUACGCUUACGAGUGUAGUGCCCCUCGUCAGUGUCUCGCGACACUGGGCGUAGUGACCGUCCACCCAUGA